GUAAAUUUUUUAUCUCUUAUUGAUUUGAAUACUCUUUGCCAACAUGGACCCUUCUAAAUGGAUUGAUGUCACCCCCGAAAAGUUCAACUAUCACCUCGACCAUUUCGUGAUCCCUACCCAUUACGAAAAGGAUGUCUCCAGUAUUCUGAUUCCCCAUGGCGUUAUCAUGGAUCGCGUUAACAAGCUUGCCCGCUUGAUCGUCGAUGAAAGCAACGGUCCUCUUGUUGUUUGCUGUAUCCUUAAGGGCGGACAUCAAUACUUUGCUGAUCUGGUUAAUGUUAUCAAGAAGCUCACCAAGAAGUCUGGUAACUCUGUUCCUCUUAGCUUAGAGUUCAUCCGGGUCAAGUCUUACCAUAACGAUCAGUCCACUGGUGAUGUUAAGGUCUCAUUGACUGAGGACGAGUGCAAAGAGUUUAAGGGCAAGAACCUCUUGAUCGUCGAGGAUAUCAUCGAUACCGGUGCCACCAUGGUCAAGUUGUUGGAAAAGCUCAGACAAUAUGAACCUGCUUCCAUCAAGGUCACCAGUCUUCUCAUCAAGAAGACCGACCGAUCCAACGGUUAUAUUCCCGACUAUGUUGGCUUCGCCAUUCCUGAUGCCUUUGUCGUUGGUUACGCUCUCGAUUAUAAUGAAUACUUUAGAGACCUUGACCAUAUUUGCGUCAUUAGCGAACAUGGAAAGGAAAGAUACGCCAAUGCAUAGGAAUAAAACGGCUUUCUGUACAAAACUGGGGCGCUCACUUUGUAACGUGAACGCUCCUUUGACCACAACAUGUUUGCAUAUAGGGCAACAUUUAUUAUUGGUUGCCCCAGUUUUUAAACUUGUCAUUUUUUUUUUAUAAACACAUCCACUCGUCCCAUUUAAUGCUUGGAAUGGCAAUGACUAUUUAGAGCUUGGAGGUAAACUUGCCCUCAUUGCCUUGCUCUCCGCGUUCUUUGGCAGCCAGUCUCUGCUGUUCGAUGGCAUCAAAGUGUUCAGGGUUGACAAAGAAAUCGGCUCCCAAGUCUGUAUUGCCAGGCAUGACAGAAU